AUUAGCAACAUGGCGGCCGCCGUCAGCAGCAACAUUGUCGUCUCGUUGUUGCGUUGCUAAAGUGUCAGUUAGCUCCUUCAGUCCUGAUCCAGCAGAGUCUCUGUAUGUCUGGAUAAACCUCUGAAUGGACUUCUAGAGGUUCACCUUUGUUUCUGGAUGUUGUUCCUCGGACUCAUCUCCCGGUAGCCUACAAAGAUAUUCAAGUUAGCUUAGCAUGCUAACAGACCGACGGGGACGGAAGUCAGCAACACAGCGCUAGUCCCAGUUUAAAGGAGAGCAAACGGGCUUUGUGACGGAGUUUGUGUGGAGGAAACGUUUCUGUCGUUGUGUGAAGAUGUCUAAAGUCCAAAUGCUGAGAUGUUUAGUCAACCAGCGACUAACUGCGGCUGCGCAAGAGAUAUUUGGGCUGUUUGAAAGAACCAUAGCAGAGUACGAGGAGGAACUUUGUAGUUCCAGAGAGGAGAACGAGCGACACCGGAAACGACUGGACGCUGUGUUCAACCCGGAAGUCCGGAAUCAAAGAGCAGACCUCCAGCAGCUGUUAGUGGUUCAAGAAGAGGAUCCCCCUGAGCAGCAGGUCUGGAUCUCCAGUCUAGACCAGGAGGACCCAGAGCCCCCCCACAUUAAAGAGGACCAAGAGGACCCAGAGCCCCCCCACAUUAAAGAGGACCAGGAGGACCCAGAGUCCCCACACAUUAAAGAGGACCAGGAGGACCCAGAGCCCCCCCACAUUAAAGAGGACCAGGAGGGAGAGCAGCUUCAAGGUCUGGAGGAGGCUGGUAUCAACUUCUCAUUCACUCCUGUCAAGAGUGAAGAUGAGGAUGAGGAAGAGGAAGCUCAGUCCUCUCAUCUUUAUCAAAGACAAACUGAAACUGAAACUGAUGCUGACGGAGAGGACUGCUCUCAAUGUGGGAAAAGAUUUCACCUCAAGGGGGAUUUGAAGGAACACAUGAGACUCCACACAAGAGAGAAACCUUUCAACUGUUCAGUUUGUGAGAAAAGCUUUAAGCGCAAGUCAGGUCUGAAGUUACACAUGAUGAUUCACACAGGAGAGAAACCUUUCGGCUGCUCAGAGUGUGGGAGAGGUUUUAUUGGAAGUGGUGAUCUGAAGAAACACAUGAAAAUCCACACAGGAGAGAAACCUUUCAUUUGCUCAGUCUGUAAAAAGACUUUUAUACAGAGAGGUGCUUUGAAGGGACACAUGUUAACUCACAUGGAUGAAAAACCAUUCAGUUGUUCUGUCUGUAAAAAAUCUUUUACACAGAGAGGAGCUUUAAAGAGACACAUUUUAACUCACACAGGAGAGAAACCAUAUCGCUGCUCAGAGUGUGGUAGAGGAUUCAUUGAAAAUGGAAGUCUGAAAAGACACAUACAAAUCCACACAGGUGUGAAACCUUUCAGCUGCUCGGUCUGUAAGAAAUGUUUUUCACAGCAAUCAUCUUUACAGACACACAUGUUAACUCACACAGGAGAGAAACCGUAUCGCUGCUCAGAGUGUGGUAAAGGUUUCACUGGAAGUGGAGGUCUGAAGAGACACAUAAAAAUCCACACAGGAGAGAAACCUUUCAGUCUGUUAGACAUCUUUUAAACAGAGUGGAAGUGUACAGAGACGCAUGUUAAGUCACACAGGAGAGAACUUUUAGUUGUUCUUGUUUUGAUAAAAAUGACAUUAAUUCCACUCCCUCACUUGUAAAUAAGACCUUGAGGUACUGGAUCUCCCUCGCUUGGGGUAGUGACUCACCUCCAACUGGGAGGAGUCUAUCCACCGAUCUCCUUCAGAGAACCAUGGCCUCAGACUCAGAGGUCCUGACUCAUCCUGACUGCUGCCCACUGGGCUGACAGAGCGUGGUCACGGUCCUAAGCAGGAGAAACUCUGAACAAGUCAUAAAAACCCAGUAACCACUACGAAGCGAUCUCCAGUACGAGGCUAUUAUCUGGCAGAGGUCACCUUGUUUGUUUUGUUUAACUUUAACUGUCCUGUUAACUUGUCAUUGGGUAUUUUAUGGACCUCCGAGUCCCGUAUGUUUGUAAUUGUAUAAAACAUUUUGUGUUGAUCUCUAAUAUUAUUGACUUUGAUCAGUAUUGUUAAGAUAAAUAAACUCUGUUUGAGUUUUAAA